AUGGCCAGAGAGUCCGUCUUCAUCUCCGACAAGUGUGGGAUCACGAUCACCUCCGAUCACGACGGGCGGGGAGACGCAGAGGCGGGCAAGACCAAGUUUGACGUGGAGCGAUCCAGGGAGGCCUACAUGGUGACGCUGUGCAUCGAAAACACCGGCUCGGAUCCGGUCUACUUCUGCUACUACGCAGCCCUCCAUUGGCUGCGCUGCUACAGCCUUCAUGACGAAGAGAGAGUCACGCGGGCUAAUCCGCUCCUCCUCACCCCCGGUCGGAGGUAUGAAGUCCAGGUUAGAUUCAGCUCGCUGCAUGUGGGGUUCUUCCCUGCCACGCUGGCCUUUGAGUUCAAGAGCAACCUAGCAUCCUCAGCGUUCCACAUCGUGCGCUUCCUGGAGGCGGUGUGCUGCAGCAGCCUGGCUGUGAGUCUGGCCCCUAUCGCCCCCUACAGGCCCCGUCCAGCCAUUAUACACACGGUGGUUGCAUGCCACAUUGAUGAGGGAGAGCCGCCUGAGAGCCAUGUUGUGCAGCAGCUGAAAAUGGUGUUGCCUUUGAGUGACUUCAGAUACCCCCCACACCUGAAGGACUUGCCAAGAUUCUUGCAGGGCUCUGGAUAUGUUUAUGGGAAGAUAGAUGAGCUUCAGUCCAUGAAGAAUCUCCUGGAAUCUCCCUUGGGUUUCCAGAACUAUGCCAAGCGAUUCCAGCUGCUUCUCCACCUGGAAGAGAUCCAGAUGGAGGUGGACAUCAAGAAGUAUGAUAUGCACGAUGCACCGAUGACCAGGGACAAAGCCAACAGGAGACUUCUUGCCCUGGAAGUCCCGGGCGUGGCGGAGAACAGACCCUCCGUCCUCAAAGGAGACCAUCUUCUGGUGACCACGGCUGGGGUUGAGGGACCCGUCACCAAGUACAAGGGCUAUGUGCACAGGGUGGAGCUGGAGUCGGUCAAACUGGGCUUCUCCAAGAAAAUGCUAGACGGCUUCAUAGACAAAAUGCGGUACAAUGUGGAAUUCACCAUCAACCGCUUCCCUAUGAAGCUGCAGCACCGGGCGGUGGCUCUGGCGGUCCAGGACGGCCUGGAGGAGGUGCUGUUUCCCACAGGCAGCCGCGCUGCGGACACAUCCCUCCCCCCGCUCAGGCUGUUCGACAGGAAGCUGGAGCAGAACCCGGAGCAGUACAGUGCGGUCCAGUGCAUCGUGGCAGGAGUGUCCAAACCCGCACCCUACCUGGUCUUCGGGCCUCCCGGCACAGGAAAAACAGUCACUGUGGUGGAGUCUAUCAAGCAGGUGCACAAAGCGAACCCCUCGGCGCACAUCCUGGCCUGCGCCCCCUCCAACAGCGCCGCGGACCUGCUGUGUGAGCGCACCCUGCAGAACGGAGUGGACCCGCACCACGUGUACCGCCUGUACGCCAGCAGCAGGGACCGCCAACACGUCCCCGACAGUCUGGCGGACUGCUGCAACUGGGACGACGACCAGAAAAGCUUUGUGUUCCCUUCCAAGGAGAGGCUGAUGGAGUACAAGAUCCUGGUCUCCACAGUGGUGACGGCUGGGAGGCUUGUGUCCGGAGGCCUUCCCAGAAGCCACUUCUCCCACAUAUUUGUAGAUGAGGCAGGGCACGCCGUGGAGCCCGAGUGCGUCAUUGGCCUGUCAGGCUUGCUCUCUGCGGAGACGGGUCAGCUGGUCCUUGCCGGGGACCCCCAACAGCUGGGCCCCAUUCUGCGAUCCCCCCUGGCCAUUCAGCACGGACUGGGCCUGUCCUUGUUGGAGAGGCUCAUGAAGCACAACCGUCUUUACAAGAAGGACGAGGAAACAAACACCUUCGACGGACGCUUCGUCACCAAGCUGCUGAGGAACUACAGGUCGCACCCGGCCAUCCUGAAGAUCCCUAACGAGCUUUUCUACGAGGGGGAGCUCCAGGUGCACGCUGACGAGAUCCUCCGGAACGCCUACUGUCACUGGGAGCACCUGCCCAAGAAGGGUUUUCCGAUUAUUUUCCACGGAGUGGCCGGGAAAGACGAGCGGGAGGGCAACAGCCCGUCCUUCUUCAACCGCAGCGAGAUCGACAUCCUCGUGGACUACCUCAAGAAGCUGCUCCUCACCCAGGCCAAGAAGGGCAUCGCCAGACUGUCGCCCAGGGAAGUGGGCAUCAUCGCCCCCUAUAGGAAGCAGGUCCAGAAAAUCCAGAAAGCCAUCAAAUCUGUUGAUAAGGAGCUCAGCCAGCUAAUGGGCAUCGAGGAACUCAAAGUGGGCUCGGUGGAGGAGUUCCAGGGGCAAGAGAGGAAGGUCAUCCUGGUCUCAGGCGUACGCAGCAGCCAAAACUACGUCAAGCUCGACCACGAGUUCAGCAUCGGAUUCCUCAAGAACGAGAAGAGGUUCAACGUGGCUGUAACCAGAGCAAAGGCCCUGCUGAUCGUGGUGGGAAACCCCUUAAUCCUCAGGAAGGACCCCAUAUGGGGAAAGUUCAUCGACUACUGCUCAGAGGAAGCCGGAUACUGCGGCAUCGACUACACCGCUGAAGAGGGAGAGGAGGAGCUGAUCGGCCGCUUGGCCAGUCUACAGAUCACAACAGAGGUGCACGUGGAGACUGAGGAGAGCGUGAUGCAGCAGCAGAUGGACCCAGAAUGGCGGAGUGAACUGUGAGAUCCGGAGGACUGGGUGGAGCGAAAGUCCGUCACAAGGCACCGAGGACGCACCACUGUGGCAGUGUAAAAACUCAGGGAUAGUUUGUGGUUGGACUCACAGAGCCUUUAUGAACCAGCUUUUGCAAUCAAAAUCAUUAUUUUUUUCAGAGCUAGAUUUCACAUAAAAACCUCAAAUUUUACCAAUUUCUUUUUUUUUUUUCUGAUUUUCAGAUCUAGUUUUAUCCUGUAAUCAACAGCUCUUAUAGGGUCCAUUAUAAGAGUUUGUAUAGCUCCUUUGGAGACAAGGCUGACAUUACCAACAUGCCGUUUACAUUUUUAACCAGACAGCGAUAUGACUGCCAGUCAACAAGUCACCCAAAGUGAAUCAACAUUCAGUUGAUAUGGGAUAGCUGUCAAAGGGAUAGCUACAGAGAAAAUCGACCGAUUUUAAAAUGUAGAUUUUUUUACUGAAAUGAAUAGGGAAUGGGUCAAAUAUGGUGAAACCUGAUUUUAAAUGUUGUACUAUUUUUUACUGAACUUAAUAGGAAAUAGCCCAAAUAUGAGGGAAGCAAUAAAAUACGAGCAAGACAAUAAAAAUAUAUUAAAAAGUGUGGAAAAAAGGGUCACUGGAAAUCAUAAAAAAUUAUAAGCCCCACAAACAGACAAAAUUUACCCAAUUUUAAAAAUUUGAAUUCAAAGUUGAAAAUGUUUCUUAUUGGUUGCUUUAUUCUAACUAUAGCAUUUUAAUAUUGUGCCAACCCAUGUUGGGGCUGGUACUUUUAUAACUGGGACUAUAACAUUUAAUUUGUUUAUAUUCUAAAAAAGUAAUGCUGUGCCUUUCUUAGUGUUAUUUCACCUGAAGCACAACUACUACAGUUUUGCGCUCUGCUGUGCAGGAAAAUUUCUAUUAAAUCUUUAUCUGGUUAAACUUAACAUUUAUUAAAAAUCGAAACCGUCUAUCAGAAGAGUAGAAAGGAAUAGGUCUUUCUUGCUCAGAGAGCAUAGUUUCUCUCAAAAACAUGGAAUGAAAUAUUGGAGCUCUCUCCACCAAUUCAAAGGCUCUCAUCCAAUUUGAAUUUGGCCUUAGCUUUAUAUUGUGAUGAAAUGAAAGUUGUAGUUUUUGCUCGCAAACACAGCUCGACGAAAUGCAGUUAAAAUGUUGAUUAC